UAUCCUUUCCCAGGCGACGUUUCGAACAUCUUUGUUGAAGCAAACGGGACUGUCGAGAUAUCCUCUCCACUCUAUCCGAGCAACUAUCCUAACUUCGUAGACGCGACUUGGUUGAUCGAAACACAAGAGGACCGACGCAUUCGCAUCACCUUCGACGGUUUUGAAACAAAGCGUGGUUACGACUUCUUCAAUGCAGGUGACGGUAACGACACUAGCACCAACGCGUUCUUCAGGUGGCACGGGGACCGAGAACCCCCAGACAUCAGGUCCACUGGAAAUCAGAUGUGGCUGAGAUUCACGUCAGAUAACUCUGACACAGAAAACGGGUUUUCAUUGUCAGCUGCCAGCGUCCCAACAACUGAUAUUCUGACGUGUCCUCUGGCGGAUAUUGACUGCGGGCAUGAUGUAUGCAUCACUAACGCGUGGCAGUGUGAUGGCCAAUCAGACUGCCUCAACGGUCAAGAUGAACUUAAUUGUGAUAAAGUUCGAAUUGUUGACCUAGGUGCCAAUGAAAUGGCCAGACUCUUGUCAACACUUCACCCCAGCAAUUAUCCUGACAACAAGGACAUCACAUGGAUCCUCAGGGCUGAAGCCGACCGCAAGAUUCGCGUCACUUUCCUCAGUUUUGACACCGAAUAUAAGUUUGACUUGGUCCGGGCAGGAGACGGUAACAGUAGCGCAGCCAACGCGUUCUUCGAAUGGAGCUGGACUAAACCACCACCUGAACUUGUCUCUGAUGGAAACGAAAUGUGGCUGACGUUCACAUCUGACGGAAGUGAAACACGAAGCGGUUUUUCGAUAUCGGCUGUCAGCGUACCAUCCACAUACACCAAGACAUGCUCUGCAAGUGAGGUCGACUGUGGCCAUUCAGUGUGCAUACCAGCUGCCUGGCAGUGUGACUAUCUAACAGAGUGUUUCGAUGGGCGUGACGAAAUGAAUUGUGGUAAUUAACUAUUGAUGACUUGCAACCGCUUGGUGCAUUCCGAGAUGCAAUAGGCUUUACUCACGAGUCGGCCGUAUUAAAUUGAAAGCGAGAUAAAAUCUUCAUUUUUGGA